GGGAGAUGUGGUGAAGAGGAGCAGAGCAUGGGGUUGUAGCAGUGUUGGUACCUGACUACAGGCUUGUUUUGCUUAUAUUCUUGAAGUAGCAGUACGACAACAACCUUGUUCUGCUAAUGCUUCGUCUGUUGAGGAGGAGAAGAGAGAUAGAAGGUCGAAGAAGGGAGAUAGAAGACCGUGCUGUGGCGUAUGGAAACCGGAACUCAAAUUGAAUGCUAGAAAACAAGUAAAGAUUCAUCCAUCUAUCCAUCCAUCAUGAUGUUUCUGGGAACUCCUUCGGGUAGCAAUCCCUCCUCCCCUAUCCAAGCCCACAGCCCAAGCCUAGAUCAUCAGUCAGACAGUCCUUCCCCUGCUCUCCUGCCUCAGUCACCUCCAUGCUGGGCAACACAGGCACAGUGUGACCUUGCCCAAGCAGAGGCAGAGCUGCGUCGCCUACAAGAGCGUCAUGCAACUUGGACUGAAUCUGUGAAGCGGGGUAUAGAGCGGGCCAUCCUGGGGGCACGCAGAGAAGAGCGGCGCUUGCUAGAGAGGGUGGAGCAGGACCAUCGAGACACUCAGCAGCAUCUGGACCAGGUCCAGAGGGAGAACAUGGCAGCAGCACGGAUCAGCCAGUCCCUAUUGGACCAAAGGCUCCGUAAACUAGCUCAACUUAAGCAGCAGAUACAAGAGUUGGGUCAGCAGUCAGGUCUUGAGGAAAGUAGGCCAAGCCAGCUGCACAAGGAUGUUGCAGAGUUCCUACAACCCUGGGAGGUCUCAGUUUCCCUAAAGAAAGUGAGCUUCAAACCCAGCUCCCAACCCAAUGCUGUCACCUUCGGAGAUAUUCGUGAGCAAGAACAAAGCCUGUGCCUGCAUGUUGGAGGUUGUGGGCCACAGGGGCAGCUGUGUGCUAUCCAUUCACAUGAGAUGCAGUGUGCAGACACAAACCAUCAAGGUACUGGAGGAGAGAAAAGCACUCUAGGACAGGGGUGGACCUCACCAACAGGCAGGGUUGUUAGAAAGAUCAGCCUCUCUACCCGGAGUGAUCUGGAAUCAGAGGAGGAACAAAACCUAUCUUCAACAAAGAUAUGCCGCUGGCUUCCGAAGUGUGUGCAGUCUGACUGGGAGUCAUCCCAGGAUGACGAGAUGGAGUCAGCCUCAUUUCAGCCACAAGGGGAGGACGUAUUUCUGGCUGUCCCUACGGUACUUAAAAACAUGGAUACUGAAGGCAAGGAGCAGGUGUACAAGAUGAACAAUAAUGGGAGACACUACUCUCCCAAGAGUCAGAGGAAGUCAAUUACACUGGUCUCUGGUCGGAAGCUGUCCCCCUCACCUGAACGAAGACGGGAACAUGCUAAGCUGAGUCACUGCUCGAGUUUAGACAGCCAGGGUGGAAAUAAAGGAAAAGUGAUUCAUGAUUCCAACAGUAGACUUUCAAGGUACAGCAACAGUACCCUAACAUCUCCCAGGAUGAUUCCAAGAGAGCCUGUGACCAGCCAAAGCUGCAUGGACCUCACCUCCAAGGGACGAUCUCACUCUCGCCUCAGCCAGUCCUCUGAUGAAUAUUCUCUAGGGACCCAUGGGGACUCUGGCCGAGCACCAUCCCCAACAGACAGCCUUGACUCCAGCUAUACUUUUAUUGUUAGCCCACCUCAUGACUACAGCAUGAACAGAGGCUCUUUGAACUACAAUUGCCGCCUAUCAAAAUCUGCAGUGGAUUUAACACACAGGACACGUCCAAUGAUCAGUGAUGGGACGAAAGAGCAUGUAGGAGGGUGGAGUGUCAAGUGUGGCAACUUUAACUCCAUGUCAAGCUCAACCUCACCAACUCUCAGUAGGAGUUCAAGGGGCUCUGACAUGGGACAUACGCUCUCAUAUCCUACACACAGAGGUCAGAAUAUGCUGCACCAGCCACAGAAAAAAACCAUGGUGGCUGGCUUAAAACAACCCCCUGUGGCUAGAUCUUUAUCCAUGUCCUUCAUAGAUGGUUCCUCUCAAGAGCCAAAGAGAGGCAGAGGAGAGAGAGGAGAGCAAGCCCUGGUAGAGUUGGAAGAGGAGGGAGACCCAUCCUUUACAGUAUUCAACCCCAUAGGUGUCCAUCUGAUCAGGCAGUUUGGGAAGCAGGGCUCUGGUCGGGCUGACCUUACUCUGCCAAGUGGUAUCCAUGCCACACCACAGGGCCAACUCUUUAUAGUGGACUGCGGGAAUGCACGCGUUCAGGUAACUGACCCUCGCGGCAAUGUCCUCCAGCAAGUGACCUCCCCAACUUCUGACAGCUCUGCCAGACGAUGUCGGAACUACUUUGACAUUGCUGUCAAUGCUAAGGGUUUGAUUGCACUAAGCUGUGCCGCAGAGCGAGCCCUGCUCGUGUUUAGCAGGCAUGGUCGUCUGCUCCAGACCUUUGGAGGGUCAGGGCUGGGCUCUGCAAAAGAUGAACUUGAGGCUCCAAGGGGUGUGACCGUAACCAGGCUGGAUGAGUUCUUGGUAGCUGAUAUCCGGAAAGGUACCCUCAUUGCCUUAAAGCUUGACACAAAGACAGGCUGCCGUCUUGAGCGCACCGUGGUGACUGGAUUCCAUCGGCCCUACUUAGUGGCAGCUUGCUUGAGCUCAGGCAUGAUAGCUGUGUCUGAAAGGGGCAAUGAAACAGGUCGUGUGCCUUGCAUCAAAGUUCUCGAGCCAGGCUGGAACACAGUUAGAGUUCUGGGUGUAUGUGCUGGUAUGGGACCAGUCCUGGCCUGCCCCUGGGGCAUCUCUAUAGAUACAGAUGGUAAUGUACUGGUAGCGGACUGGGGGGAACAGCACAGAAUACUGUUAUACCCAGCACAGGGAAUGGGGUGGCCAAUAGUGACCCAGGGCUUGAGCAGUCCACGAGGACUGACCCUGCUACCUGAGGGCCAACUAGCGGUGUCCGACAGCAUGCACCAUUGCAUUAAGAUAUACCAGUACAAAGCGAUCCAGGACUAGAAAGAGUUAGCUGAUGUUAAAAGAUACAAUAUGUAGAAAAUAGGGGUUAACCAUUAAUCUAAACUCUUCAGUUUAGUAGUAGUACUAGCACUAUGCUGUACCACCACAAAGCUAAUAAGGAAUUUAUGCAACAGGUUAGCUAGCUGUUGCUGCUCUGUAUUGUGCACCACCCAGGUCAGGUGGGAUCUAGCUGGCCCACCAUUUUUUCACAACCGAUGGUGGCACUGCUGCGGAGCCAAUGUGGCAAAGCUCACUGAGUCAAUGGAGCACCAGACUAAAAGUAAAGCACCUCUCGUAUUUCACAUCGUUUUGCAUUUUUUUUUCCUGAAAAAUGAAUAUGUUAGUUCCCAGUUAACAGGUGCCAGACUAUUGAAAGCAAAAUUAACCGAAACUGAUAUCCCUUGUAAUAAAGAGUCAAGGUAACUAAUCACACUUAGUAGUCUGGUGUGUAUUUAUUCUUAAUAGAACUAUAAAGAUACUGCAGAACUGCCAUCAGAUGCAGCUCCUGUGCUGAUAUUGUGCACUGACAAAUAUGGCAUUGGUGUUUGGUCUAGUUGUAUCAUAAGAGCAAAGUCAGGUGUCCACCUGAAUUUGUAAGCCAGAGGCUCCAUUUAGCAUGAAGGCAAAAGCUAUGGAGUAAGUUAUGAUUAUGCUGAAGACAAACAUUAGCUGGUGCCACACUGAGCAAACACAGUGCUCUGCGUAGCAGAAGUUUGGUUUUACUGCUCUCUACUCCGUUCAGGGUCAAAUAGAAUUGCUGAUUGCUUUCCGCAUAUAGUUUAUAGAUCAGAGUUUAAUUACAGUCUGUAUAAUGUCUGUGUGCGCUGCCUUUACUAUUCUGUCAGUUUUCACCCACAGCUGCUAACCUGCAGAGAUUAAUGCCGACAAGUCAGCUCUGAGAAGUAUUCACUGUAUAUGGAUUUUAGAGAUUUAACAAGAUCCAAGAGAAAUACGACCACAGUAUUUUCUUUUCCAAUGUGGAGUUUUUAUUUCUGAUGUUAAACCAGAAUGGUUUCAAUGUUUCACUGACAUCUUGUCAUGAUUUGCUUCAGUAAUUCCUGCAAAUUGUACAAUUUUUCACGCUGUCACUGAUCUUUACUGACGACAAGCGCAGCUCAGUAGCUUUUUCCAGUCCUCCCACUCCAUUCUUUCACCGGCAGUGUCUGUCAUGUAUAUCCACCACUCUUUGAUGGAUUCUGUUUUUAACAUGUGGAUGCACUGAUGCCAGAAAGUACAGGGUGGGUGAAUCAUCAGUGGUGAAACCAGACUGUCAUCCAAAUUCUUCUCUGUGAAAUGUGUCUCUUUAUAGCAGAUCAGGGGACCAUUGCUUAUUUAGGAUCAGGCAGAGCUGUGAAGUUAUUAGGAACAUUUACAAAAGUAGAUAUGUGCAGUAAUGGUACCUCACUAGAAUAGUACAUUUUUGGAAUUCUGUCUACUCUCACUCCACUACAAUUGUCUGACAGCCGUUAUUCUUUACAUUUUAUAUUAUGAUUUUACAUUUAAUUUUAAAAUGGAAAAAGGGUUAGAGAGUUCCUGGAGGAGCCUCUAAUCCUUCAACUGAUCUAAAAGUAGAACAAUUCUCAAAACUUGAGAUGAGUUUUUUUCCCCAGACAGCAACAAUGGGUGCGAUUAUAUUGACGUGAAUAACCCAUUUAAUGGGCUUAUCCCGGUUAUAAUCAUAUUUGGAGUAGAGCGUUUACAUGAGCACAAAGAAAUUGGUUUAUUCAUAUUCCCCAUACACACCCAGCUAACGUAUUUGGGUUUCUCACAAACUGAAUAUGGCAUUGGAAAUCCAAAAGUGUGGGAUCAUUUUGAGAAGGUGAAGGACGAACCCAAGGUGAUAUGUAAACUCAUCUUCAUUGGUCGACUACAAACAUGACGUAUCAUCUGAAACAUGGAAGUAGCUACAUGCCCAUUAGCCCACAGCGUCAUUAACAGGCGGCUCGCUCAGUGUGUGACGUGCACUUGUAGAUAAAAUAUAGGCCUAUAUUAAUGAAGGUUCAUUAGUAAUGUAGCACAGUGUUAACAAUGUUACUGAUACUAUUCUUUCUCACACCUUCAACUUAAAACAUUGUGUUGCCCCGCCCAAAAUAUAUAUUAUAAUUAUCAAAUUAAUAUUGUAAACAUGUGGGUGAUUAGUUGACUAAUGGCCCUAAAUGACGACUGUUGGUCGACAGGGAAAAUUCUUAGUUGGGGGCAGCCCUCCAAAAAUUCCGAUCAUAAAUGGGUAAUUCAUGUCAUGUCCAACACACUCAUUGUGGCAUGUUGCUGUACUUAAAAUCCUCCUACAGUAUCAUGAAGUCGCGAGAUGUAGCUCUAAUACUGUUUAGACGUUUAUGCCUUAAUAUUUACAUAUAUAAAAGAGACCAUUUUUUAUACUACAGUACUUUUUUUUACUGCUAAUACUUUUUACUUUUUCUUAAGUCAAAUUUUGAAAACAAGGCUUUUACUUGUAGUGAAGUUUUUCUAAUGUGGUUCUGCUACUUUUACUAAAGUGAGACACUGGAGUGCUUUUCAAUCAUCUGGAGAUACAGCUCAAAUGUUCCCAUGCUCUCUAGUGACAUAUCGGGACAGACCUGAUAUCUUAGCAGGACAGUUGUGGAUGUGUCACAGAGACAAGCAUGUUUCAUCUGUUUUGUUUUUAUGACUAUAGAAUGAAAAGAGAUUAUGAUGUUAGACAUAUUUAUCA